GAGAGAAGCGGUGAGGCAGUUGAUUAAGAGGUUGUAUCUAGACUAGAUCAUGGACCAAUCAAAAGGGGGCGGAGCCCGCAAGCAAGCUAGGACUGCGUCUGCGCAUUAGGCCCUUGCUCUGACCCGUUAGGUAGCUACCACCGCAGUGGUAGUUAUGAUGUUCUCCAUGGCUCAGCUCUGUCCCCUGCUGCUGCCUCUGCUCCUGCUGAGUUCGUCGGUCUCAGGCUCAGCGCCGCGCUACACCCCGGACUGGAAAAGCCUGGACUCGCGCCCCUUACCCUCCUGGUUCGACGAGGCCAAGUUCGGCAUAUUCUUGCACUGGGGCGUGUACUCGGUGCCGGCCUGGGGCAGCGAGUGGUUUUGGUGGAACUGGCAGGGCGCCCACUAUGCUGACUACGAAAUCUUCAUGCACAAUUACUACCCCCCGGGCUUCUCCUACGCUGACUUCGGUCCCCAGUUCAGGGCGAGGUUCUUCGAUCCAAGUCAGUGGGCCGAGCUCUUCCAGGCGGCUGGGGCCAGGUAUGUGGUCCUGACCUCCAAGCAUCAUGAAGGCUAUACAAACUGGCCCAGUCCUACAUCUUGGAACUGGAAUUCUAUGGAUGUAGGGCCCCACCGAGAUCUAGUGGGUGAAUUGGGACCUUUCCUUCGAGAGAAGAAUAUCCAUUAUGGACUGUACCAUUCACUCCUGGAGUGGUUUCAUCCCUUGUAUGUACUUGACAAAAAUAAUAACUUCACAACCCAGAACUUUGUCACAGCUAAAACCUUACCAGAAUUGGUUGAUCUUGUGAACAAGUACAAACCUGACUUGAUCUGGUCUGAUGGAGAAUGGGAAGCCCCAGACACUUACUGGAAUUCCACUGAGUUCCUCGCCUGGCUGUACAAUGAUAGCCCUGUUAAGGAUCAAAUUGUGGUUAAUGAUCGAUGGGGUGAAGACACUGGGUGUAAACAUGGGGGUUACCUUAACUGUAAAGACAAAUACAAGCCAAAGACUGUUCCAGAACGCAAAUGGGAGAUGUGCACAAGCCUUGAUAAAAAAUCCUGGGGAUAUCGAGAAGUCAUGAACAACGAUGAUAUUUUGACUUAUUUUGAAAUCAUUUCGGAUUUAGUCGAUGUUGUAAGCCUUGGAGGCAACUACCUGCUCAAUAUUGGACCAACAAAAGAUGGAUUGAUUAUCCCCAUUUUUCAAGAAAGGCUUCUUUCUGUGGGAAGAUGGCUGAGCAUCAAUGGGGAAGGGAUCUAUGCUUCUAAGCCAUGGAGGGUACAAAUGGAAAACACCACCACCAGGAUAUGGUUCACCACAAAGCAGUCUGCCGUGUACGUCUUCUUUGCUGACUGGCCACAGGCUGGAGUUCUCCAGCUGACCUCUCCUGUCUCAACAAAUAUGACAAUGGUGACGAUGUUGGGAAUCCCAGGGUUCCUGAAGUGGUCGGAAGACUCAGUGGAUCGUAGCUUCCUCAUUUACCUUCCCAAACUCUCUCCAGAUAUAGCAGACAUGAAAAUCUGGACCCUCAAACUAGAGGGAGUGAAGUGAGGCAUCCUGGCCCACACCACACUAAUGACUGUGACUCUUUACUAUUUUGAUUUUUGCUUCUAAGUUGAGAACAUUGCAAUAAAUUGAUUCCACUCUUACUUAGCCCAGGGAGGCAUUUUCUGGCCCAUCUUGUUGAAAGGAAUUGUCCCAUUUACUUCAGUGGGGGCCUCCUAACAAAUCUUCACAGAUCUCAGACCUUACAAAGGUAGUUAAUCUUGGAAACUAUUUAGGACAGACAUCUUUUUUUUCCCCUCACUCCCCACUCUAACCCCCAACCCCAGUGAUAGGUGUGGUGGCUCAAUCCUGUAAAGAAGGAUCAGGUAGAAGGAGAAAGGAAGUAGAAGAAGUUGGUUGAGACAGUGUCAAGUUUGUUGGUUUGGUGAUAGCUGCUGGUUAAAGAAGCUUCCUCAGAGGCGAGCAGGAGCCUGAAGCGGAAGUGGGGGAUCCCAGAAGAAUGUAACACUGAGCUAGCAGGAGGCAAGGAUGCAGCUAGAAGACAAUGUUGAGCUCUCCAGGGGUUUGUGAACUCAUCAACUUCUCUCCAGGGGGACAGGGUGAGGGUGGCAUCCCUGGUGUUCCUGGCUUUACACUUCUUAGACUUACACCAACCACAACUGAGGUCAAGAACUCCAAGUGUAACUCCAAACAGUGUUUGGGAAUGGAGUGGGUUGGCAACUCCAUCUUGGAGGCAUGCAGUUGGGUCCAGCAGAGUGGCACUAUGAGUGCCAGGGCUGCCCCUCUCCAGAGCCAGUCCUAGAACACUAGAGUAGGCCAGGCUUUAGUUCCAGCUUCAUGAUUCUGACAGUUCCCUGUGGAACAAACUUAGAUGGAUUCCUGCUACAUUGCAAUAGGGGAGGGAAGGGGAAAGGACUCUUGGUGCCAUCCAAAUGGUAGAAGAUUUGCUUUUGUUUUCUAUUCUAAUCUGAAAAGCCAUGAAUGGCAUUUUGCUUGCUUUGAAAUUCCUUCAAAAUGUGCAAUUAAGGAACAAAUGAUCCAAUUUCAUGUUCCUGCUUGUGCCUUUUUAUAUGUGAAUGUUUCAACAACUGUUAAAAAAUAAACUUUUUCCAUUUAAAAA